AUGGUACCUACUAGUAGCAUCUCUAGACCCAACAGUAACACCAGCUUGCGUCGCGUCCCGGCUCGAAGAACUAAGAGUGACAAGUCAACAGAGGUGCCUACCAGUACUAGCUGUGCUAGAUAUAGUCACACCAGCUUGCGUCGCGUCCCUGUUAGAACAAAGAGUUGUUCUAGCAGUGACAAGUCAACAGAGGUUCGAAGCGGUAACAAAACGCUUACACAACUCAGGUCCAGUUUAAAAGGAUUGAGCCCCAUAAGGGUCAGCCGGGGAGCAGUCAGCCCCGUUAGGGCAAGUGCAAGAGUUGUCGGAAAUCUUGGAAAGGGCGCUGUCACAACUGUGGCUUCAACUGCAAAGAAAACUGCGACCACAACUGCCAGCACCGUAGCUCAGACUGCAGCCACCAGCGUCACUGUGGUUGGCAGUACAGCCCGUUCAGGCGCUCAAAAGGCGGGAACGACAUUUCGCACUGGAGCCAACUUGGUGGGAACGAAAGCUCUCACAGGUGCAAACUUGGUGGGAACCACAGCUCGCACUGGUGCCAAUCUAGUUGGAACCACAGCUCUUACUGGUGCCAAUCUAGUUGGAACUACAGCUCUGACAGGUGCAAAUCUAGUUGGAACCACAGCUCUAACUGGUGCAAAUCUAGUGGGAACAACAGCCCUUACAGGAGCCACAACAGCUGUCACUGCUGCUGCCUUGGCAGCCACCACAGGUGUUGAAACAGUGGGGCAGGUUGGCCAGCUAGGGCUGACCGGAGCAACUAACUUGGCACACACAUUGAGUGGUGGUUCCCUUAAUGGAUCUCCCCACCAUUCUUUCUCCAGGUCCCGCCGAGGGUGUAUUGAGGAUCUUGCCAAGAUGGAUAUCUUUUGCUCUGACCUCUAUUCUGAUGAGUUUGUGCUUGAAGAAAUCAAAAAGGCCAAGAAGACUCCACUCAUCACAAAGCUUACAAUUGAGGACUUGAUCAUGCGUGACAAUGACAAGCUCAUGAGAGCUGCAAUUAACCUUGUGUCAACAAGCACAAUGACCCCCAAGGAUGAUGAAUUUGAUGAGUUUGAAGAUGAUGAACACUUGCCAUCAGGUCCCUAUGAACGCAUUUGGGAGCAUCUGACCUUUUGUGAUUGUAUUGGCACAGCUGAAGACUACCAGUUCUACAAUGAGCGCAAAAGGGAAUUCCAGGAUAACAUCCGCAAAGUGCUCAAGAAGAAGGGUGUGGUCAAAAUGCCCAUCAAAUUCACUGCCAAGGUUGAAAUUGCCAUGUUGGACAUGAAUGAGAUGAUUGAUCUUCUGCAAGAGAUUGAGCAUGAUAAGUCGAUUAUCAGUGUCCAGUUCCCACAUGAGUGCAAAGGAAUCAAGAAGCUUCCUGCAAAGUUGGUCAACAAGUUUGAUGAGGAAAGCCUACGGUGGAAGGAGGAUGCUGAACCCGUGGAAAUUCACAUCAAGUAUGGAAGCAAGAAACCAGCCAAAGGGAAGAGGCCGACCCUUCUUGUCAAACAGUGCUCAAUCCGACUAGAGACUAUUGUUUUGAGCUCAGGUAAAGGGUGGGAGUAUGAUGACAAAGAUGGAAGCAAUUUCGAUGACUUUUAUGGAUCUUCUUCAAACCAAUCUCCCAGCAGUCGAGCAGCAUGA